AUUCAUAAAAUGCUGUUAUAAAAGCAGCCGCUGCGGCGCCUCGUACUCCAACCGCGUCUGCAGCGAGCAUUGGAGCAGCCGAGACAGAGCCGGCGGCGCGCAGCGAGCGAGCAGUCCCCGCGCUCCCACCCAGCUCUGCUCACCGCUCCCACCUGUCUCCGCUCUCGGCCCUCGCCCUCCAGGCUUCACCUCCUCGCCACCAUGAUGUUCUCAGGUUUCAACACCGACUAUGAGGCCACCUCUUCCCGCUGCAGCAGUGCUUCCCCGGCCGGGGACAGCCUCUCCUACUACCACUCGCCCGCCGACUCCUUCUCCAGCAUGGGUUCCCCGGUCAAUGCGCAGGAUUUCUGCACCGAUCUGGCUGCCUCCAGUUCCAGCUUCAUCCCCACGGUGACUGCCAUUUCCACCAGCCCCGACCUGCAGUGGCUGGUGCAGCCCACCCUCGUCUCCUCCGUGGCUCCAUCGCAGACCAGAGCCCACCACCCUUAUGGAGUUCCUGCCCCCUCCACUGGCGCUUACUCCAGAGCUGGUGUCGUGAAGGCCGCUACAGGAGGCCGAGCGCCAAGCACUGGCCGGAGAGGCAAAGUGGAACAGCUGUCUCCAGAAGAAGAAGAGAAAAGACGGAUCCGAAGGGAGAGGAAUAAGAUGGCUGCAGCCAAAUGCAGGAACCGGAGGAGGGAGCUGACAGAUACACUCCAAGCGGAGACAGACCAGCUGGAAGAUGAGAAGUCUGCUCUGCAGACCGAGAUUGCCAGCCUGCUGAAGGAGAAGGAAAAACUGGAGUUCAUUUUGGCUGCCCACCGGCCUGGCUGCAAGAUCCCGGAUGACCUGGGCUUCUCCGAAGACAUGUCUGUGGCUUCCCUCGAUCUGAGUGGGGGUCUGCCUGAAGCUGACACCCCAGAGUCUGAGGAGGCCUUUGAGCUGCCCCUCCUCAAUGACCCGGAGCCCAAGCCCUCGCUGAAGCCAGUCAAGAGCGUCAGCAAUAUGGAGCUGAAGACUGAGCCCUUCGAUGACUUCCUGUUCCCAGCAUCUUCCAGGCCCAGUGGUUCCGAGACCGCCCGCUCUGUGCCAGACAUGGACCUGUCUGGCUCCUUCUAUGCAGCAGACUGGGAGCCCCUGCACGGUGGCGCCCUGGGGAUGGGGCCCCUGGCCACAGAGCUGGAGCCCCUGUGUACCCCUGUGGUCACCUGCACUCCCAGCUGCACCACUUACACGUCUUCCUUCGUCUUCACCUACCCCGAGGCUGACUCCUUCCCCAGCUGUGCUGCAGCCCAUCGUAAGGGCAGCAGCAGCAAUGAGCCCUCCUCUGACUCGCUCAGCUCACCCACGCUGCUGGCCCUGUGAACAGGCAGGGAAGGGGAGGCAGAGGGCACCCACACAUGCCGCUGCCUGAGCCGCUGCAUUACAGAGAGGAGAAACGCCGUCUUCCCUCGAGGGUUCUCGUAGACCUAGGGAGGACCUUUUCUGUGCGUGAAUCACACCAGGCUGGGGGCCUCGAGAACUUGCAAGCAUCCCACACGUGGACUCGAGUCCUUACUUCUUCCAGAGAUGUAGCAAAACGCAUGGAGUGUGUAUUGUUCCCAGUGACACCUCUGAGAGCUGGUAGUUAGUAGCAUGUUGAGCCAGGCCUGGGUCUGUGUUCUCUUUUCUCUUUCUCUUUAGUCUUCUCAUAGCAUUAACUAAUCUAUUUGGUUCAUUAUUGGAAUUAACCUGGUGCUGGAUAUUUUCAAAUUGUAUCUAGUGCAGCUGAUUUUAACAAUAACUACUGUGUUCCUGGCAAUAGUGUGUUCUGAUUAGAAAUGACCAAUAUUCAACUAAGAAAAAGAUACAACUUUAUUUUCUAGUAGGUAGAGAUAACUAGCUAUAUCCAUG